UACCUCAUUUUUUCAUCCAACAGAGCCUUAUUUACCAGUGAAUGGAAUACCACUGAGAAAAAGGUUUACAGUAUUCCAGGUGUGUCUCCUUGUAUGAUGAAACUACUAAUAGAGUAUGCCUACACCAGAACAGUACCCGUUACUGUUCACAAUGUAGAAGAACUCUUGAUUGCUGCGGAUCAGUUCAAUGUAAUGGGUAUUGUCAGAGAGUGCUGUGAUUUCCUCAAGUCUCAGCUGUGCAUGGAAAAUUGCAUUGGAAUGUACAGGUUUACAGACCAUUACUACUGCCCUAAGCUGCACCAGGAGGCCUAUAUGUACAUCCUCCACAACUUUGAAGAAAUGGUGAAAGUAUCUGAAGAAUUCUUGGAGUUAUCAGUGGAGGAAUUAAUUGAUAUCAUAGAUAAAGAUGAACUAAAUAUCAAGCAAGAAGAUGUAGUGUUUGAUGCCAUUCUAAAGUGGAUCGGGUGUGAUUCAUCAAGGCGGAGUCAUUAUAUGUCACUUCUUUUACCCAAGGUACGAUUAGCAUUAAUGCCUUCAAACUAUUUCAUGAAUAAUGUCAAAACCAAUGACUAUGUGAAGGACAACGAAGACUGCAAGCCCAUUAUCAUUAAUGCUCUCAAAGCUAUUUGUGACCUCAACAUGAAUGGACCUUCUCAUUCAGAAUUCGGAAACCCAUUCACCAGACCCCGCCUCCCUUUUUCCAUUUUGUUUGCCAUUGGUGGCUGGAGUGGUGGGAGCCCUACUAAUGCCAUUGAAGCUUAUGAUUCUCGUGCUGAUCGUUGGGUAAAUGUUACUUGUGAGGAGGAAAACCCGAGGGCUUAUCAUGGCUCAGCAUACUUAAAGGGAUUCAUCUACAUCAUUGGAGGAUUUGAUAGUGUAGACUAUUUCAACAGCGUAAAACGAUUUGACCCUGUAAGUAAAAUAUGGCACCAAGUGGCCCCAAUGCACUCAAGGAGAUGUUAUGUCAGCGUUGGCGUUCUGGAUAACUUUAUAUAUGCAAUGGGAGGUUUUGAUGGCUAUGUACGACUCAACACUGCAGAACGUUACCAACCAGAAACCAAUCAGUGGACUCUGAUUGCACCUAUGCAUGAGCAAAGAAGUGAUGCCAGUGCCACCACCCUCUCUGGAAAGGUCUACAUAUGUGGUGGCUUUAAUGGCAAUGAAUGCCUGUUCACAGCUGAGGUCUACAAUCCUGAGACCAACCAAUGGAGCUUAAUCUCCCCCAUGAGUAGCAGGCGCAGUGGGGUUGGUGUAAUUGCUUAUGGAGACCUAGUAUAUGCAGUAGGUGGGUUUGAUGGAUCAAAUAGACUGUACACUGCUGAAUGUUAUAGUCCUGUCUCAAACAGUUGGCGCAAUGUUCGAAAAAUGUUCAACCCACGAAGCAACUUUGGAAUUGAGGUCGUUGACGAUCUGUUAUUCGUAGUUGGAGGAUUCAAUGGCUUCACCACUACAUUUAAUGUGGAAUGCUAUGACGAGAAGAGUAAUGAGUGGUUUGAUGCCCAAAAUAUGUAUGUCUACAGGAGUGCCUUGAGCUGUUGUGUUGUUCCUGGGCUCACCAAUGUCCGGGACUAUGCUGCCAGCCGUGACAAACUUUCACCUAGGCGUGAGGUCAAGUUAACAUCAUCUACAAGCGCAUUGCCACUAUGACUUUUUAAAGCCACUUAGA